AGCAAAAAGAAAAAAACAAUGAGGAUCGUUUCGGAAGAAGAAGCCAUUGAUGAAUUCCUGAAGCUCAUGGAUAAAGUUGAGGAGCCAUUGAAGACAACAUUUAAGAAUGUCCAUCAGGGAUACCUGAGAGAGACUUUGAUUCGUUUUCUAAAAGCACGAGACUGGAACGUAAUAAAAGCUCAUGCAAUGCUGGUUGAGUGUUUGCGUUAUAGGCUGGAUAAUCAAAUUGACAGUAUCCUAUCCAAACCUAUUGUUCCUAGUGAGUUGUACAGGAACGUACGUGAUUCUCAGCUCAUAGGAAUGUCAGGUUACACCAGAGAGGGCUUGCCUGUCUUUGCUAUUGGUGUUGGCCUCAGCACAUUCGACAAAGCUUCUGUUCACUACUAUGUCCAAUCCCACAUCCAAAUCAAUGAAUACAGAGACCGCGUACUACUGCCUUCUAUGUCUAAGAAGAACGGGAGGCCAAUCACCACUUGCGUGAAGGUUCUAGACAUGACAGGGUUGAAACUUUCAGCCCUGAGUCAAAUUAAGUUAGUGACUAUCAUAUCGACCAUUGAUGAUCUGAACUAUCCAGAGAAAACAAACACAUACUAUGUUGUCAACGCUCCAUAUAUAUUCUCCGCCUGUUGGAAGGUUGUAAAACCUCUUUUACAAGAGAGGACGAGGAAAAAAGUUCAUGUGUUAUCUGGUUGCGGAAAGGACGAGUUAUUGAAGAUUAUGGACUACACAUCCCUCCCACAUUUCUGUAGAAGAGGAAGCUCUUCUGGGUCAUCUCACCACGCUCAGAGUGUAGAUUGUUUUUCUGUUGAUCAUCCUUUCCAUCAACAGCUAUACAACUAUGUGAAGCACCGGUAUGAGACCGAGGGACAAGCAGAACCUGCAAAGCAAGGAUCUUUCCACGUGGGUUUUCCCGAGCCUGUAGCUGAGCGUGUGGAGAUGGCCAAAACCAUAGAAUCUGAACUGCACAAGUUCGAAAACUGCAGCGUUGGUGACAGAAAAGCCAGUCCAUGAGAGAACUUGGGAGAUGGAUGAAUCUUGGAAUGCGUCUGAAGGAGUUCUUUCACAACAAAAAAUGUAUUUUAUAGUUGACCUAGCAAUUCAAUUGAGUAAGUACUGAGCACUGUGGCUCUGUUAUCUGCAUAGCCAUGCAAAUGUAAAGUGAAGGAAAGAGAAUAAAAUCUUGGUACUGAUUGAACUCCUGGA